CAACGCUUACUUGAUUUUAGGGAGAACAUACUCUGUCAAUAUCAAAUUCAAAGUGAAAGAAAAGCAGCGCACCAUAUUAUCUAGGGUCUCACUAUGAUAAUCAAAAGGCAUUUCCAAAACGUCUAUCCUUCCUAUGUCUAUGGAUUCCUUAUUCUUACAAGUUUGAUGAAAGUACAUCCCAUGGCCAAUGCUGGUGAUUUGGGGAAAAUGUGCAACUCGACUCAAACAAACCAGACAAAUUGCACAAGGAAUGAGACUGGUUCUCGUAAUCAAAGUGAUAAAGAAAUGCAUUCAAAGAAAUACGAACAAACCUAAUAACGGUACCUCGUUUCGUUAUGAAACAUUAAUAACAACAAUGGUGGUCUCCACAGUUGGUGUCCUUACAAAUGGUCUUCUUAUUGUUGUUAUUGUGAAGGAUCCUUUAAACAAACUAAGACGAGGACCGUGGAUUACCAUCUUAAGCUUAUCUAUAGCUGAUUUCACUGCAUCUUUGUCUCAAUUCAUGAUUGUUGGAUUGGGUAGAUUGUUCGAGGUCAAACCAUCAGAAGCUGUUAUUUAUUCUGUCCUUUUCUUUUGGAUGUUUGGGACUGCGGGCUCAUUUUUUCACUUGACAUCACUCACAUGGCAAACUUACAUGAUUGUAAAGUAUCCCAAAUACAGACAACAAAUGUUAUUCACGAAGAAAAUUUACAUAUUAUGCGCCACAGUUUGGUUGAUUGCCAUUUGCAUGGCAUUAGGUGAACUCACAUCAAUUUUUGUCGAGAAAUUUGACCACUUUAUGUACACUUAUAUCACGCUAUAUGCUGUUUUGGAGAUUGCUGUUUUGAUCCAGGUUAUUGGGAAGUGUUUAAUACUUAUAAUAGUAUGGCAAAAUCGACAAAACACGACAGUAAAUGCUAAACAGCACAAUAGAAAACAUCUGGAAAUUGUAAAGACAAUUAUCUUGCUAAAUAUCCUAUUACUGGUAACUGCGUUUCCUUUUUUUGUGGCCAAACAAGUGGAGUUUAUUCAAAGGCUUGGAAAAAUACAAAGUGAAUUGGCUUGGCGUUUUUCUUACUACUACAAACCAGUUGCCAUGGUGAAUUUCGCAGUUAAUCCAUUUGUGUAUGCACUGAGGCUUCCCGAUUAUCGAAAUAGUCUGAAGGCUUUGUUUAAAAAGAACAGUUUUAUUUCUACUGAUACAGCACAGCAAUCGACAACCUCGUUCCGUUCUGCUGAUGAAACGAUUGCUUUGUAGAUAAUAUGCAUUGAUUAAUAUGUAUUGAUCAUAUAUAACUUGAUUACAAAUAUAUAUAAUGAUUAUUUUUUUAAUAUAGGUAAUAACAUAAA